AUGGCAGAUCUCUGUUUGAAGUUGCUUUCAGGAAAUUCAUGUCGUCUACUUUCUGCACGUGCUCCUAUGCUUGUUUUAUCGUCCAGAACGGAAGAUGAAUCUAAGACACUGCUUAAAAAGUACCUCAAAUUGCUUGGAAAAACUAAUCUUGCUCGUCGCGAUCAGCAUAUCUCCCUUAUCGUCGACGCCACGUGCAUGGAUUACCUCUUAGUUGACGAAUAUGAACGAUACAAUUUCCUCCGUCUUGCGCUUUGCUGCUCAGCUGUUAUUUGUUGUCGUUGCACUCCUAUACAGAAGGCUGCCGUUACUAGACUCGUCAAAGCUAAUGUAAGCGGAGCGGUUUUGGCCAUAGGUGAUGGUGCUAACGACGUUGCUAUGCUACAAGAAGCCGACGUCGGUGUUGGAGUGGCAGGACAAGAGGGUAUGCAGGCCGCAUUGGCUUCAGACUACACCAUCACGCAGUUCCACCACCUGGAUCGACUUCUCUUCGUACAUGGAACUUUGUCCCUAUUCAGGACUUCAAAGUGCAUACUCUUUUCUCUCUACAAAAAUGUGCUAGAAACAGUAGUACUCAGUAUUUUUACGUUUUUCAAUGGACAGAGCGUGCAGACGAUAGCGGACGAGUGGACGGUGCUCUACUACAACAUGUUUUUUACAAGUUUACCCGCACUUAUUAUGGGUGUUCUCGACAGGCCAGCCCCAAUCACAAGUUUAAUAAAAUAUCCGCCUAUCUAUCAAUACUAUCAAAACUCGUUGAGCAACUGGGGUCAGUUCCGCUGGUGCCUUUGUGGAGCAGUGCAAGCCUUGGUUAUUGCUGGAAUGAAUGUUGCCUUCUGGAAUGGGGGAGCUGCGCUUGCGGUUGACGUGUCAAUCGAUGAGGCCACUUUGGAUACGCAAUACGCGCGCGAAAGUGGUGCGAAGCCUUGGCAUGGCGAUUGCGGUGAUUGGUAA